AAGUAUAAAUCGUCGGUUCGUAUUGGAGUCUCCGCUCUUCUCUCGAUCCCUCAUAUAGACGCUCGACCCCUAAGGCAAGAGCAAAGGAGCUUCACUCGCGCUAGCUCAAUCUCCCUCGCAGACGUGCGGGGCCAGGUGAAGGAGUUCACCAGCAGUUGCUAUCGCUCCGGCUUCAACACCGGCGAAGCGGUAUAUGUCCGUUGCCACGGUAGCCGUACCUGCCUUCACUCGACCGCUCUUUGCGCUUCCGACGUCACCCGCAAUUUCCCGUCGACGACCUCCCCGCCGACUAUAAAACACCAACGCUCUUCCACCAACCAUGGCAAGGCUGGAAGGCUCAAUUCAUUCACACGCACGGAUGCAACAGUCUCGCCAUGCACGAUCCCGACAUCAACGCAGCCGGCCACGGGCCCGCGCACGCGCCGGCCGACGACAACGUGGUGAACGCCUCCAGGCCUAAUUAUUCGGAGCCACAUGACCUCGACGCGGGCGCGCCUACCGUCCCGUAUCAAGCCAACCGUCAGUAUCCAAUACUCCCGCCCCCAUGGAGUGUAGCACCAAACCUACCUGCUCUCUCAACCGCCAUAGCUCCAGCAAACAACGCUGCCAGCGCAUUGCCGACCCCGCCAUCACAGAGCGAGAAUGCCUUCAGCCCAUUAUUCGAAUGGCACGCGAAAGAGCAGGCAGAGAGCGCUGGAAGUGAAUGCAACCAGCCUCUCCCUACGCAGCAUGCGCCCAAUCAACGCCCACACUUCCGAGAUCCAGCUUCUGGAUACUACCCGCGGGAGCCUCAAUGGUAUACAGGCCACGCCAGGGGAUUCCCCUACCAGCCCCCAAUUUCACCGCCUCAGCAGUAUCCGGCAUGGAGUCCUUCACCCUAUAAUGCUGCGCCACGGAAACUCCCACCUCUUGUUGGCCACAUUCCGCAGCUUUCAUCAGACGUCCAAGAGCAAACUUAUCCGUAUGGCGCCCCGCAGGAUCCCAUACGUCCCAUUUUUGCUCACGAGCCUGAGUUCAGUCCUAUGGAGGGGGGAGUACGAAGUCUGCCACCUAUUCAAAACUGGCCGGUUGGAUCACCACGUCAACAGCCCGGCCUUUCUUAUGUGGACGGCAUCGCAGCUGCUACGCAUCAUUCCAACCAAGUUCAGCAAGGUACGUCGACUCAACACGUAGCUCCUUCCGACCAAGUGAGUAAAAGGCGAUUGGAUAAGCGAUCCCUCCGCAAGCAAGAGGCCUACCGAAGGAAGGCGGAGGAGAAGAAGCGGCCCAUAUCCGACGGCUCCGCGGGCUCAAAGGCGCCUAAGCCCCGCGCCUCCAACGCAGCUAAAGCUAACGACCAAGAUGGCGCGAAUGCAAGGAUACAAGACUUCAACCGUAGCAUCAGGCGCAAAAGGCUCCCGGGGACGCAGCAGCUGACACAGCCAACCUGCCCGCCAGGCGCUGCAGCACAGAAUCACGCCCAUGAGGGGUCACCAUAUGCCGAUGCCAAGUUCGGGCCGUACGCCUCCACGCCGCCGUCGGACAUACCAGCCUAUGUAUCUCCAUAUGACCACGGGCAGGUUCACUUCGGUCAAGGAGUCUUGAUACCUUCACACACUCAUCAGCCAAUGCCCUACCCUCCGGCUCCCAGGCAGCCGACCUGGGAUGACUUUGAGCAAGCUAUCGUGGCGGAUUACGACCAGUACAAGUGGUCUGUCAGACUCUACCAAGUCGACACAGCCAAGACUGGCUACGAUUUCGCCCAAUCGUGGUUGGAGGACCAAUUCACUACUCUCGACUUCACGUACCGCUGGGCAGCUCAUACCUCGUACGGCUUCGUAAAAGGCGGUGAUCGCCUGACUUUCCUUGUUCUGCACAAUGCCGCGAAUCCUUUCCAAUUGGGUGGACCCCCGCAAACAACCACGUCCAUCGGAGUGUACGGCUGCUAUUGGUACGAACACAGCGAGAUCCACUGGAAAACCUUCGCACCUGGCUUGCGCUCUUUAAUCGAACGAGUCGAAGCCGCAGGACUCAUCAAGGAAGUGCAGAAAUGGCACAUCGGCAUGAAAGCCACCGAGAAACGCUUCCACCGCGCGUACUGGCUCUGUGCCAAUCGGAUCCGGCUCGGCAACCUUCUCCCAAUUCGCCUGCAUCUUGACGCCCCGCACAAUGGGGUCGAGGACGAUGUUGACGACUUCCAAGUCACUGAAGCUGAUCUUAGCAACCACUGGGCCGACGUUUCCUACGAGGACACGCUUCGGGCGUGGGAGUACGUCCUGGACGAAGCGAGCAAGCCGCCGCCGAAGGACUGUGAUCAUGUGGCUACUUGGUCGACAGAGUGGUGACUGUGGGUGGCAAAGUCCGCGCCAGGAAGCCGAACCUAAUGACUCUGCAUGCACCACUAACGUGUCAUGGGCCUAAUAUAUCUUCAACACGGAGAGCCCGAGGGUGGCAGCUUUCCUCACACCUUCUGAAACCCUUCAUAGGCAUGCGGCCUCGGCAUAGGCAGCGUACUGGUGCUUUCAAGGAGGAAUUUCGGCCGAUGAGGGACGUCGGCGGUUUCCAGUAUAUUGGAGGGGGUUUGGGAGCGGAUCUAGUUGGCGUUCUCCAUC